UUCACUGAAAAUAUAAAAAUAUUCCAAAUUUUUAAUUUAUUUUUAACUAACAAAAAAAAAUAACAAGCAUUGAAUGCUUUUGAAGAGCUAAAAAAAAAAAACAAAAAUAAUAAUAAUAAUAAUAUCAUGAAUCAGGAUCAAAAAUGGCAAAAAGAUACGGUCGAUCAAAAUUUCGAUUAUAUGUUCAAAAUUUUGAUCAUAGGAAAUAGUAGUGUUGGUAAAACAUCAUUCCUAUUUCGUUAUGCUGAUGAUUCAUUUACAUCGGCAUUUGUCAGUACAGUUGGAAUAGAUUUUAAAGUAAAAACAGUUUUUCGUCAAGAUAAACGUGUUAAAUUACAAAUAUGGGAUACGGCCGGUCAAGAACGUUAUCGUACAAUAACUACUGCCUAUUAUCGUGGUGCAAUGGGAUUCAUAUUAAUGUAUGAUGUAACUAAUGAAGAAUCAUUUAAUUCAGUACAAGAUUGGGUAACACAGAUAAAAACAUAUUCAUGGGAUAAUGCACAAGUAAUAUUGGUGGGCAAUAAAUGCGACAUGGAAGAUGAACGUGUCGUUUCAUAUGAACGUGGUAAACAAUUAGCCGAUCAAUUAGGUUUAGAAUUUUUUGAAACAUCAGCCAAAGAAAAUAUUAAUGUUAAAGCUGUAUUUGAACGUUUAGUCGAUAUUAUAUGCGAUAAAAUGAGCGAAAGUUUGGAUUCUGAUCCAAAUGUUAUGAAUGCAUCGAAAGGUACACGUUUGGCCGAAAAUCCUAUGCCACAGAAUCAGAAUUGUAAUUGUUAAAAAAUAAAAAUUUCAUUCAUUUUUUUUCCUGUUGAAAAUUUUCAACAAACAAAAUUAAAAAAAUUGUUAGCAAGAAUUUUCAAUAUAAAAAAAAACACAAUUUAACAUCACAUACACCCAAACAAACAAGUAAAGUUGAUUUCCACCAAACUACGAAAAAAAAAUUACAAUUUUUCUUUUAUCAACACACACACACACACACCAAACUUCUAACACACAUAUAUAAAAAAAAAGUCCAAAUUGCAUUAUUACAAACAAAAAAAUUUUUUCCUACCUUAACAUCAAUUUUUUCUUUCGCUCGCUCGUUACAAAAAUUCCAACCAAAUUCAUCACUGUCAUCAUCAUCAUCAUUAUUCUCAUUACGAUAAGCGGAAA